CGUUGUCAUUGGAUCAAGGCUAUUGUGCAUUUUUAAAUGCCGAUAGCCGUGUAUUUGAGAGUAAAGCCAUCUGCAGAGGUGUCACUGAAAAAAUUUCUCCACUUUGGGGAUAAUCAGCAGAGUGUCGUCCAGAUUGAAAAUGAUCUCCUGGGAACACCUUUAUGUACAAUUAAUAAUCAGCUGCAGACAGUGGAUUAUAAAUUUGAAAAGAUUUUCUAUAAUGCAUCACAAGAAGAAAUUUAUCAGAUUACAGCAAGUCGUUUAAUAGUGGAUGCAUUAGCAGGAAUAAAUGGAACUAUAAUGUGUUAUGGACAAACAGGAGCUGGUAAAACGUAUACAAUGAGUGGAUUAUCCCAGUUAUAUAAUGAUCGUGGAAUUAUACCCAGGGGGAUUGCAUAUUUAUUUGAAGAAAUUAAAAACAGGUCCACUCUUUCAAUUACUGUAAAAUUAUCAUAUUUUGAAAUAUACAAUGAACAAAUUAUUGAUCUGUUGAAUGAUAUUUCAACGAAUAAAACUGUGCGUAAACAAUCACCGGAUUUAUUGCAAAUAGCUGAAUCUAAUGAUCAAGUUUAUAUCAAAGGAUUGAAGUGUAUCACUGUGAAUAAUCUAGAAGAAGCGUUGACUGCACUAUUCGAGACAACCGAUAAACUUUUCAAGGAAGCAACCUACAUCAAUCGAUCGUUAACAUUUCUUGAACAGACUAUUUUGGCCUUAUCUGACCAGACAAGAGAUUAUAUACCCUAUAGACAGUCGAAAUUAACACAUUACUUGAAAAAUAGUAUUGGUGGACGUUGUCAAACUAUUCUAAUAGCAAAUGUAUGGAACAAAUAUGAGUAUUUAAAUGAAACAUUGUCGACGCUAAGAUUUGCAAGUCGAGCCAUGUCAAUUCCAUGUAAACCUGUUGUCAAUCAAUUCCGUGAUCCCAUGGCAAUCAUAAAGAAUUUGGAAAAUUCGAAUAACGGUUUACUUCGAGAGUUACUUAUGUAUGAUACAUUAAAUAAUCGUGGACAAAUAAAUUAUGAACCAUUGACAGAAAAACAAAAACACAAAUUACGCAAUUCUGUUGUCAAAUAUUUAAACAAUGAAGUCAAAGAUUUAGAGAUCGUAAAUCUUUAUCAAUUGAGGGAAACAUUUGAAGUAUUUAAACAAAUAAAUAAAUCACUUCAGACUCAACUGGAUGAAGCUAAAGAACAGCUAAGCAGACAAAGCGACUAUACUGGCAGUCGGUCACCUACAACGGUAGCCGUUUCAACAAUUUCCAGCGGUUCUCGUAGUGGUGGCACCGGAGGUGGCGGCGGCAGUGGAACUGGUCCAGCUUCAAAACUACCCAGUAGUAAUUCAAAUAUUAGCGGAUCGAAACGACAGACAAAUAUCACAUUGAAUAAUGAACCAAUCACUGGGAAAUCUGUACAGAAUGUUAAUUUUAAAGAGAAAUCUUUAGUGGUUAAUCAAGUCGGUGAAUUAGAUCCUGCCUCAGGAAGAGGUUUUCUACCACCAAUCGACCAAUCCUCCAUUGGGGAUAAGACUACAUCAAAUCUUACAUUAAUGACAGAUGGAGCAUUUUUACAGGCUAAACGCAGGGAAAAGAAACAAUCUGUUGCAAAUAUUAAACUUGGCAGUAUUACUAAUACUACUACAAUCAACGAACCGAUGGAUACAGAAGUUUCCAAUUUAUCCGGUCCACCGAAUAAGUAUGAUGCGUUUGAAGAGUUUAAACGUGAACCUGGCUCUGAGUUGUUCAAUAUUUAUCAAGGAAAUAAAAGCUUACUAAAAGAAAAACAUGAAGAAGGAUUGAAAAUUGCCCAAGAUAUUAAUCACAUUAAGUCUCAAAUGACUGAAUUACAGGAGCAGGUGAACAAAUUGAAGACAGAAAGAGAAUUGCAAGGAUUAAUUCAAACUGUUGAAAAUCAAUCAAUCAUAACAGAGGAAGAAUAUAAUCUGUUGCAACAAAUUCAAGCAUUAAAAGAAAAUUAUAAAGCCAAAUAUCCUGAAUGGUUAAAUAUCAAAGAAACUAUUCAGUAUUGUAAAGAUAUGCUUGAUCAAUGUCAAAUACGUUUAUUACAAGAGUUUGAAAACUGGUACCAACAGUGUUUUAAUGAGUCAGUCAAUCAGUGCGAUCUUGAAGUGGGUAUUCCAAAGAAAACGGAUCCAUCGAAUUCAAACACUAUAACAAAUAAUAAUAAUAAUAACAAUAGUAACAGUAUGAAGAAGGCAUUAAUAGACAUCAACUUCAAUGAAAAAGAGAAACCAUGCAUCAGUACGCAAAACUCUGAAAAAGAUUAUCUAGAUGAAUUUCAGCAAAUUCAAGAGAACAAUUUAUCAGAUCGUAAAGGCUUGUUAUCGUAUGAACGCGCUAAAGAGAUGGUUGCUUACAAACAAAUUUAUCAAAGAAAAGAACAAUCGCCUGCUCAGAAAUUCUAUCGUUCAUAUAAAUUCCGGUCAGUACUACAGCCGACUACAACGAGAUUCAUCAAUGAGUCAAUAUUAAAACAAGGGAAAUAUUGUAACGCGAUUUUAACCUCUUGACUUAUUCUUACCUUUUUUGAAUUGAACACCCUGAACAAAAACAUUUUUCGAGAGAUUGUGAUGAUGUCGAUUAAUUAUGCAAUGUGAUGAAACAACUGGCUCGUAUUCAAAUAUUCACUGUUGAAAGCAUAAAUUGAUGUUGAAUAGCGACUGAUAAUAACCCCAAACAACCAACCAACCAUACGAAAGCUAACGUAAAAAUUAAAGAGUGAAUCAGUGAUUUAUAUCAUUUUGGGUUAUAUUAACCUCCUGACAUCAUUAUAUUGUAAUUAGGUUUUUGUAGAUUAUAUUUAUAUUUUUAUAUAAAGGCGUCACUCUACUUAUUGAAUAAAUUAUAUUUAUAUAUUUUAGUUUUGUUCCUUGAUUUCUGAAUGGGACAAGCUUUGCCUGAAGUUCUUCCAGUAGCCAUGGUGUUGUGUUUUCGUAGAGCGUGAAGAGCAAACUAUGCCUCAUCUUUUUCAUGUCUAUUACAUACGAGCUGCUAGUAAACUUCACAAGGUGUUAAGAGUGCGUCGGCUGGAAUUGAAGCCUCGUUAGAGGGCUGGCGAGAAGUCUACAGCUGAAAUAACGACACACACACUUCUCUGCUUAUUAGUCCUUGGUAAAGUGAUUAGUGUAGAUUCUGUUCAGGGGAGGGGAAUUUGUCAUGUAUCAAGAUAAAAAUGGCCAGGU